AAUGACGAUACGCCAACGAAAGGAAGUUAAACCAAUAAACGAUUGCCUCGUUAGGAGGGUAACCAAUGAGAUGGCAACACGAAUGUUAGUAUACCCUAUAUUUCUGACAUAAUCGACAAGUCAACUCAGUUUGUCAAAGAAGUUACUAGAAGAAGCUAGGGAAAGAUAAUUAAAAGUGAAAAAGUGAAUUAAAUUAGCAACUCAUAUUUGAAUUUAUUAUACAAGUGUGUGGAUAAACGCUCAAAAUGAGGUUAUACCUAAGUUUUGGUGUGCUCCUGCUCUUAGCCAGCGUUUUGGCUAAAGAGGACAAAAAGGAAAAAGAGGAUGUUGGGACUGUUAUUGGAAUAGAUUUAGGAACUACAUAUUCUUGUGUUGGUGUUUAUAAAAAUGGUAGGGUAGAAAUUAUUGCCAAUGAUCAGGGUAACAGAAUCACACCUUCAUAUGUAGCAUUCACAGCUGAUGGUGAGCGUCUUAUUGGUGAUGCUGCCAAGAAUCAGCUGACAACAAACCCUGAAAAUACCGUAUUCGAUGCCAAACGUCUUAUCGGUCGUGAUUUCUCAGAUGCUACCGUCCAACACGAUUUGAAACUUUUCCCAUUCAAAGUAAUUGAGAAAAAUCAAAAACCACACAUUGAAGUAGCAACUAGCCAAGGGAACAAAAUAUUUGCCCCAGAAGAAAUUUCCGCUAUGGUCUUGGGUAAAAUGAAGGAAACAGCUGAAGCAUAUUUAGGUAAAAAAGUCACUCAUGCUGUAGUCACUGUACCAGCUUACUUUAACGAUGCUCAACGUCAAGCCACUAAAGAUGCUGGAACCAUUGCUGGUCUUGUUGUUAUGAGAAUCAUAAAUGAACCUACAGCUGCUGCUAUUGCUUACGGUUUGGACAAGAAGGAUGGAGAAAAGAAUGUCUUGGUCUUUGAUUUGGGUGGUGGUACUUUUGAUGUCUCACUUUUGACCAUUGAUAAUGGAGUUUUUGAAGUAGUUGCCACCAAUGGUGACACUCAUUUGGGAGGUGAAGAUUUCGAUCAGAGAGUCAUGGAUUACUUCAUCAAAUUGUACAAGAAAAAGAAGGGCAAGGAUAUCAGGAAAGACAACAGAGCUGUGCAGAAACUUAGAAGGGAAGUUGAAAAGGCUAAGAGAGCUCUAUCUUCAAACCAUCAAGUUAGAAUUGAAAUUGAAUCAUUCUUUGAUGGUGACGAUUUCUCUGAAUCCCUCACUAGAGCCAAAUUCGAAGAAUUGAACAUGGAUCUUUUCCGUUCUACAAUGAAACCAGUUCAAAAAGUAUUAGAAGAUGCUGAUAUGAACAAAAAAGACGUCGAUGAAAUUGUACUUGUUGGAGGUUCAACUCGUAUUCCCAAAGUGCAACAACUCGUUAAAGAAUUCUUUAACGGCAAAGAACCAUCAAGAGGUAUCAACCCUGAUGAAGCCGUAGCUUAUGGGGCAGCAGUACAAGCUGGUGUAUUAUCGGGUGAACAAGACACUGACGCAAUUGUACUGUUGGACGUCAAUCCUUUAACCAUGGGUAUUGAAACUGUUGGAGGUGUGAUGACCAAACUUAUCCCACGUAAUACCGUCAUUCCCACUAAGAAAUCACAAAUAUUCUCAACAGCUUCUGAUAGUCAACACACCGUUACAAUUCAAGUAUAUGAAGGAGAACGUCCCAUGACCAAGGAUAAUCACUUGUUGGGUAAAUUUGAUCUGACAGGCAUUCCACCAGCUCCUAGAGGUGUACCACAAAUUGAAGUUACUUUCGAAAUUGACGCUAAUGGUAUUUUACAAGUAUCUGCUGAAGACAAAGGAACUGGAAAUAGGGAAAAGAUCGUCAUCACCAACGAUCAAAACAGACUAACCCCCGACGAUAUAGACCGUAUGAUAAGAGACGCCGAGAAAUUCGCCGAUGAAGACAAAAAAUUGAAGGAACGAGUAGAGGCUAGGAACGAUUUGGAAAGUUACGCUUAUUCGUUGAAGAAUCAAAUUAACGACAAAGAAAAAUUGGGAGCCAAAUUAUCCGAAGACGAGAAAACUAAAAUGGAAGAAGCCAUCGACGAGAAAAUUAAAUGGUUAGAAGAGAACCAAGAUACCGAAGCCGAAGAUUACAAGAAACAAAAGAAAGAAUUGGAAGACAUAGUGCAACCGAUCAUCGCCAAGUUAUACCAAGGCGCCGGCGGGGCACCGCCGCCGACCAGCGACGAUGACGAUGAUUUGAAUAAAGAUGAAUUGUGAGCAGAUUUGUAGGCCAAAAAGACUGAAAAAACUUGUGUGGUUGUAGACGCGAGAAAGAGAUCGAAUGUUAGUGUUAUUUGGGUGAUAUUUAAUUCUUUUUUCUGUUUUUUGUAUUUCUGCGUGUAAUAGGAAUUUUGUAAAUUAAUUCGUCUAAGGCGAAACGUCUUUAUUUAUUUUUGUCAAAUAUGGUAGUACGAUUUGUGAUAUUUUUUUUAUUAUUCUUUUUUAAACAAAAAUAAAUUGUACAACUAUAUUUGAAUCAUUCCAAUUUCCUGUAAUUUUUCAAUAAAAUUACUUGAAAAUAUUUUCGUCUUAUUGGGGGGAUAUCCCUAUACAUAGUGGCUCAAGUUCAAUGGGUCUAAGAGUAAUAGUAAAACGAGAAAUUUCUUUGGGAGGAAUGUGUUCAUCAAAAGAGGUUAAAGGGACAUACAGGAUGACCCAAAUGAGAGGAAAUAUAGAAAGUUAAAUUUAAUGGAACUAUUUCUAACGGCGAGGUCAACUCUCCUUAAGGUUAGGUUAGAAAACUUAAAAUUGGACAAACAUAUUGAUAAUGUUACAAAAACUUUAAGGGGGAUACUUUUCAAAUUUAAUUACCUCCAAUAUCCUGGACAAAAGUUACCUCAAUACCAUUUACUACUCUCUUGUAGAAUCUAGAUUCCAAUAUAGCAGUGGUUCCCAAACUAUGUGUCGCGACGAAGAAAAUUCAACAUAUCUCUUGAUAUAUGAUUUAAUCUAAUUUCUAAGGGGGCAUCUAUUAAUUACGUAAGCUCAGAAUGGGGUCGAAGGGGUUGAAUCUCACCAAAUCUCAUAAACCAAGGGGGGGAUUAUCGAAAAUCGCACAUCAACUUCAAAGAAUAAAAAA